CCCCUCCGGGCCGGGCCGUUGCAGGAAGCGGUUGGGGGACGGUUGCGGGGCCGCGCGGUCGGGACGUUGCGGGCAGGGUGAUGACGCGGCGCCUUUAAAGGGGCCUCGUGCGGUGCGUGUGUUCCCUCGACCCCCACCGCGCCGCCGCGCUCGGCAGCCAUGGCCUCGCCGCCGACCCCGCUCCCACGGGCCGCGGCGCUGCUGUUGGCGGCAGCUCUGCUGCUCCUGACCCCGGCAGGGCUGCGCGCCGCUCCGGAGGAAGAGCCUGGCAGGAAGAAGGAGCCGCCGCCACCGCCGGCGGCGCAGGGAGCCGAGCCGCGAGUUGAGAAGGGGUCCUCGCUGGUUGCUCCCGUUCACAUUGUCAAUGAAGAGUCACCUGACAAGACUAAUUUGGGCUUUAUUCAUGCAUUUGUGGCUGCUAUAUCGGUCAUCAUCGUGUCAGAACUGGGGGAUAAGACCUUCUUCAUUGCAGCCAUCAUGGCAAUGCGGUACAACCGUUUGACUGUACUGGCUGGUGCUAUGCUUGCCUUGGGACUGAUGACAUGUUUAUCAGUUUUGUUUGGCUAUGCUACCACGGUUAUUCCUCGUGUGUACACAUACUAUGUUUCAACGGCACUGUUUGCAAUUUUUGGCAUUCGGAUGCUUCGGGAGGGCUUGAAAAUGAGUCCAGAUGAGGGUCAGGAAGAGCUGGAGGAAGUUCAAGCAGAAAUUAAAAAGAAAGAUGAGGAACUUCAGCGAACUAAACUGUUAAAUGGGCCAGGAGAUGUUGAAUCAGGGCCAGGCACCACUAUACCUCAGAAGAAGUGGCUCCAUUUUAUUUCUCCAAUCUUUGUCCAAGCUUUUACUUUAACAUUUUUAGCAGAAUGGGGUGAUCGUUCCCAAUUAACAACCAUAGUGUUGGCCGCCAGAGAGGACCCCUAUGGCGUGGCGGUGGGAGGCACAGUGGGGCAUUGCCUGUGCACUGGUUUAGCAGUUAUCGGAGGGAGAAUGAUAGCACAAAAAAUAUCGGUUAGGACUGUGACAAUCAUAGGAGGCAUUGUCUUCUUAGCAUUUGCAUUUUCUGCACUAUUUAUAAGUCCAGACUCUGGUUUUUAAACUUUUUCGUCACUGCAGAGGAACAAGGAUUGGAAGCACCAAGCAGUGAUCCUUGUGCAUUUUUGUAUAUAAUGUACAGAAUUGUAGCUGAACAAGCACUGAAGAUGAGACACUGAACUUUUUAUAGCGAAUGAUUCAUGGGACUGACACAUUCAUGGACAGCUUCUGCAGAGGAGAUCUGCUUGUUGUCUGGUUUGUUUAUUCUGUGGUGCCUGCUCCCCCGGUGGGAUGUGUGUGGUUUUCUUGCUUGCUGGCCCUGGCACAGCUGAGAUCUGAGGAUCUACUCUGUGUUGAGGUUUCCCCUGUUGCACCCAGCCACCUUCCCUGUUUCUUCAAGAACUGAUUCUUAAGGCUUCCUGAAACAGGCUGUGGCUUGUUCCAUGUUGCUGAACAGAAGGCGUUAAGGAGCAAACUGCUGCUGGCUCCCACCUCCAAGGACUCUCUUUCCUGGGUGCACCAAGGCUGGAUCAUAUAAGCCGGAAGAAACCUGGGAGCAGUUCCGAUACCAUUGAGUGGCUGAGCCACCAACAGAGAAUUUUAUAAACCUUACUUCAGAGGGAAAACUUCUUAAUCAGGGAUUUUUAUCAGGAAAUAGAAGUGUGGUAAUUAACAACCUACCGUGGUCAAUAUGCAAUCUGUCUGGCGUUAGUAUUAUUUGACUUUUGUAUUUUAUUUUGAAAUAUUAAAGUAUAUGAGAAGUAAUAAAAUGGUCCAGCUUAACAAUGUUCCAUUCCCAGGACUGAAUGAUAAUGGAAUUCUUAGGCUUAGAUGUGUUCCUGGUUUUCUUUUUAGGAAUAGAAAUGUAAUCUAAAAGAGUAUUAAUAAAAUAUAGUGUCUCUCUUUGA